AAAUGCAAUCGUGUAUAGUUGAAUAACACGCAUGUGGCGUUUGGUCGCGUUUUUUGUCGGAAACAAAAGAAGAAAAUAUACUGGGAGCAAAACACGCAGCGGUUGAGCUUUUUAAUAUUUUGCAAAUUCACCGAACCGGGUCCUAAUUGUCGAUACUGAAAACUCAGUGCUUUGUUUAAUGGGAGUUUCCGCGGAGGAGUGAUAUUUAAUGAAACGCCGCAAAAUUUUUGGCGAGAGAAAAUUUUGAUAAAACCAGAAUUAAGUUUCAAUACAUUCUGUAUUGUACAGGCAUAUAAAUGCUGAAGGUCCCUUCUACGGCAAACAAUUUUAAUAUUAACCAAAAUUGAGAAAAGCUUUUAUGUUACUAUAAUUGAAUAUAUUUCAAAAAUCUGUGUGUAAAUUUCAAUUCCGCCACAACUAUAUCGCAUCCAUGCCAGUUUCAAUUGCGUGUGAUCCAGUGCCUAAUGUUAGCGCAGUUUUGCGGGAAUCUCUUGGCAAUGGGUAUUCUAGCAACGGCCGGGGUAUUUGUAAAUCUGGAGGUGUGGGAGACAACUACAUUAACGAUAACGAUGGUUGCUUGCACACAAAAUUAGCUGUGGCAGCAAAACGUGUGCUACUGUCGAAAAUAGAAUACGAGGAAGUUACCAACUAUGGUCAAUCUGUAUUAGGCGCACUAAAAUCAAAAUAUGAUGUUCUAAAAGCUACUGCAGCUAAUAAAACUUUAAGUUAUGAUUACCUUUCACUUGCGAAAUGUACAACAAAUACAGAUAAAAAUGACUCUGGUGGAAAUUUGGGUCUUUCGAAUAAUGUUUGCAAUGCCAGUGCAUCAACUUCUAAGCGGCACAAUCCAAACGAGCUUCCACAACCAAAGCGAGUGCUGUACCAACGAGAAAAUGUAAUAAUUGGAUGGAAAAAUUCAGUACGAAAAUGGCAAGUUGGAGUUGGUAUGAUGAACGUUGGUAAUACGUGCUACUUGAACUCGACAUUACAAGCACUCUUUCACGUACCUUCAAUGGCGAAUUGGCUAAUGUCUGAAGGUAAACAUGUGGAAGAGUGUGAAUCGCCGGAUAAUUGUAUAAUUUGUGCAAUGAUUAAAACAUUAGACGCGUCACAAAGCAAUCAGUCAGCAAUUCGACCAUAUCUAGUUUACUCCAAACUAAAAUUUAUUUGUAAACAUCUACUUAUGGGUCGACAAGAGGACGCUCAUGAAUUUCUUAGAUAUUUGGUUGAAGCAAUGGAGAAGUCUUACCUCACGCGCUAUCGUAACUACAAAGAGUUAGAUCAGUAUAGUAAGGAAACCACACCGCUUAAUCAAAUCCUUGGUGGCUAUUUAAAAUCAGCAGUCAGGUGUUUGGCGUGUGGACAUGUAUCAGUAACUUUUCAGCAUUUCCAAGAUUUACUAUUAGAUAUUAGAAAAGCAGAUACAGUUGAAGAGGCUUUAGAAGGUUAUUUUUCAAGAGAACGACUCGAAGACAUGGGAUACAAAUGCGAAUCGUGCAAAAAGAAGGUCUCUGCAACUAAACAGUUUUCAUUAGAGCGCGCUCCGAUUGUGCUCUGUAUACAGCUAAAGCGCUUUUCUGUAAUGGGGACCAAACUAAACAAACAAAUCACAAUCAAACCUCGAAUCGACUUAUCCAAAUUUGCUACUCGGAAAGACACCGGCGAACAGUUAACGUAUAAAUUAGUUGCGAUGGUAACCCAUUUGGGGGCUUCCCAACAUUGCGGGCAUUAUACUGCUAUAGGCUUGACCGAAUCCGGUUCGUAUUAUAAUUACGAUGAUAGUUACGUACGCCCUGUAUCUGUACAGAACGUUUGCAAUACCAACGCUUAUAUUAUCUUUUAUGAAAUUGAGAAGUCCCAACGAUCGAUUAGUAGUACUGAAUUAAGCAUCACUGACGCUGUAAAAGAAAAUACUAUAAAACAAAACGGAUAUAUGAAAACGGAGAAUGCUUACCCAAAUGAGAUAAGUAGUUCAAGUAACUCGCAACAUAGGCUGGAUAGUAAUAUACUAAUAUCAUCGCAUUACAUCAACAAACCGUCCACGAGUAAUGGUUCCAUAUCUAAUAAAUUCUGUUCGAACCGUCAGAUACAUUUUAAAAACCAAAAUAAUAGUACACCAUUAAAAUCGAAUGCUAUAUCAUCAACAACUAAAUUAGCAUUAAAUCAGGAAAAUAGAAAUAAUAUUCAAACUUCAGUUGAAAGGGACAAUGAUAAAAAAUUUGAUCACACAAACAACGGAUUUAGAGAAACAUCGAACAAAUUAAACCCAUCUACUAAUGAAAAUCAAGUAUCUUCUUCUAUCGAAGCAAAACGUAACAAGUGUGCAGAAUUUAUGCCGUUGCACAAAGCAAGUGCAACUCUUCCUAGUAUGCCAACUCUGUCCGACACUCAAAAUCAAAGUGUGAUUCAACCUGCCAAGCACUCUUCACCGCCAACAGUCAAUCCUUUGAAGAGUCUUGUACCGUAUGAAUCUGAAACUGAUGAAGAAUCGACGGUAUCAGAAAUAAAAGACACAGAAGAGACUAAUAAGAAAAAGAAAGAAUUAAAAAAUGCUGUCAAACGUCCCUUAGAUACCCCCAUACGAAAUUGCAUUUCAGAAAAUGCCAGUAAAGCUAAGAAACUUGCUAUUAUGGGUGAAGAAGACUGUAGCUCCAUUAAUGGUUCUAAGCAAUCGACUACUUACAAAAAUGAUUUUACCAAUGAAAUAUUCACUUCAAGCUCUACCGAGCCAACUAAAAGCAAAUUACAAAAAUUUGGAAAUAGCCAAGAAAUAUUCAACACGAACAAGUUGGACGAAUCAAAUUUGAAUCGAUCAAAGAUUAAGCAUAAAGUUGAUAUUAUCGAUGGGAUUUUCAAUCAGAACAAAUAUGAUGAUAAUAAUGCAGAUAAAGGUCCAAAUGAAAAUUUUAUAAGUACGUCACAUAAUGAAGAAGAAUGUGAUGACUAUUUAGCUUCAGUAAGUGUGUCUCGACCACCUUUCAUACGCUCACAUUCUACCCCGCCAUCACCGCCAGUUAUCAAGACCAAGACAGGAUUGUGGCAAGUUACCACAUUGCAGCCGGUGACGGCGUGUAUCAGUCCGCCAGAGAAAAUGGCCAAAAAUCCCAAGAAUCCUUUCGCCAAAAAAUCAGUAGAUACAUUUAAUAAACGCCCAAAAUCUAACGCGGAAGGGAAAUCUAAUAAGGCAAGUUUUACAGGCAAUGGGUAUAGAUGCAACAAUACAAAUGAUAAUUCUGUAUCAAGUUUAAUGAAGCAAUCCCAUCGCGGUUACGGUGUCCCCGUACUUUCUUGGAAGGGAGAGCAAACAAAAUUAUCAAAAGAGGUUGCAUCUGAUGCUCAUCAACAACGGCAGCACGACUGGCAAGAAGAUGAAGAUGCCGAAAUAGAUCGUGGACGACAGAAAAAAGUUAAAAGCAAAGAAACAUCUUCUCAAUCAGACAGCCGAAUCCCGGGCUAUAAUCCAUUUCAGGAAAUAGACAAUCAACGGCAAUGGAGAGUUGGUGGUGGGUCUAAUAGGCCUUAUAGCGGAUAUGUGCGUCAUCAAUUUCAACGAAACAAAUUUAAAUUUCAACGCUUCAACCCAAAAUUCCAGCGAAUGACUGCAGUUUCGUAUAUGCGGAACAACCACAGAUUAAAUAAUGGUUAUGUCCGUCGGAAUUCAUAACAUUGCAAUAAAAGCAUAUACCUAACUAUAAAUAUUCAUUAUUUUUCCAUAUAACUUAAGUGGCUGCACGAGUAAAAUAGUUAAAUAGAUACAUAAGCUGAAAUUAUCUAUUGACAGAGACGCAGUAAAACAUAUUUAUUAAGUAAACAUAAGGAACCAACAAGGCACACAGUGCAGAGUAUAUAAUACAUGUAUAGUAUAAGUAUGAAUGUAUGUAAUAGUGUAAGGAAAAAUUGCAUUAAUUACUUAAAGCGUAAUAAUUGUGUUCUGAUUUCGUAAAAUUAUUGCAUACUAGAAUACUGUAACACCAUUUCGGAUUCCCAUCAAUAGUUUUGCUUCAUGUUGAACAGUAGUAGUAAUUUACAUCUAAUAACCGAAGUUUGCAAGUUUCACCUGAACUGGUGAAAGAAAGACUUUAAAUAAAUGUACUUGUACCAUAGAUCAAUAAAAUACUUUUUUAAGGUUUCGAUUAAAUUAAAAACUCAAAUAAUAUUGAAUAAAUAUACUUUGUAAAAGUAA